AACCACUUUCUUUUCUGCCUCGAGAGAGAAGCCACCAGCGAUGAAACUCCACGCCACAGUUCUCCUGGUCAUAGUCUGGCUUGGCGUCUUCGCUCUGCACACGGCAGAAGGGAGCGUUGCAAGUCAGUCAAUGCGCAAAUUAUCCUGCGUAAAUCUAUCUACACAGAAAGUGGACAUCAGAAGUAUUGUCAACUAUGAAAAGCAGAAAGUUCCAGUAGAAGCUGUCAUGUUUAUCACUGCAAAUGGUAUCAGGAUCUGUGUACACCCUGAACAGAAAUGGGUGCAGUCUGCUAUGAAGAGAAUAGACAGAAGACGUACUACCAGAAGAAGAUAAUCCUGUCCUUGGCAGGCACCUGAGGCCAACAAAAUGGAAUAGUCAUCACUGCCACACACAGCAGGGAAGAAAGCCUUGGUAUCUGCUUUUAACUCCUACUGGCAAUAAAUUGUCUGAGCAAACACGAACUUGUAGGAAUCUAUUAAUCACUGGUUGAAUGUCUGCCGGCUUUAUAUUAUAGCUGGACUCUGUUACACCAUUUAUUGUCUGAAAUGCUUGUCAAUAUUUAUUUACAACUGAAUCUAAGUAUUUUCUCAUCUUUGCUGUCAUGACUAGUAUAGGAUUUAAGGGUGAACAGUAGAUGGUUUCACAUGUUACAGGGAAGAAAAUUACCUCUCACAGAGAUGGAAAAGAGUAGAUGUCCAAGCUGAUGGGGGUGAAUGUUCUGCAGUGACUGCCGAGAUCCAGAAGAUUUCUGCAUGAUUUUACGGUUACUCAAACUUACAUAAACUAUAAGAAAGCUGACCUCAUGCAUCAGGCAGUCACCUGAGCAGCGCCACAUUCAGAAGGAGAUCCUCGGGCUUUCUAUUUCUACACGCAGUAUUGUACUGUUGGCUCUGAUUUUAGACUCAGGCCGCUGUGAUGUAUGCACACUCGCACCAAGGGAUGACCCGGAGCAAAUUCAGGGCAAGUUUAAGAAUGCAACUCUAUUCAGACUUGUACUUUGGAAGACUUAUCCUACUCUCUGACUUUCAUUAGGUUACUUCAGUUACACCUUAAUUUGAAACAGAAUUGGGAAGAAAAAAAAAGUAAUUGUUUUUGGUUUUUUUUUUCUCCACUGUUUAUCUUGGAAGAAACAAGAACAAACCAUGGCUAGAGGCAAUGCUUCACCAACUCAUGUGAAUUCCCUGCCCAGAAAACAAAGUACCUGUACAUGUCUAUUGUUUUUAAUUCAAUAUAUUCUACUAAUGAACUUUGAAUAUUAAUAAAGUUAUUCUAAGCCUCAAA